CAUUGAACCCGCGACCCAUAAUAGGUAGUACUUUUACUUAAAAGGGCGUCAACAUGGUUCUCCUUGGUAAAAUAAUGUCUGUAGGAACUGUGCCCAAAAUACACGCCCAAAUCACUAAUGCGAAAAGCUUUCACAGUAGUAGACUUAAAGGGAAAGUAGCUAUAGUAACAGCGUCUACUGAUGGCAUCGGUUACGCUAUAGCGAAGAGACUUGGUGAUGAGGGAGCAUCAGUCAUUAUAAGUAGCAGAAAGGAAGAUAAUGUUAAGAAAGCUACAGAAAACUUACGCAAAGAUGGAAUUAACGCAGAAGGUCUAGUAUGUCACGUUGCUGAUGCCGAACAUAGGAAGAGGCUUUUUGAGUUUGCGAAAAGUAAAUAUGGGGGAAUUGAUAUACUAGUUUCUAAUGCAGCAGUAAAUCCUGCUGUUUCCCCUGUUCUAGAGACGGAUGAAAAGGUGUGGGACAAAAUAUUUGAGGUGAAUGUCAAAUGUUCAUGGUUGUUAGCAAAAGAAGUUUAUCCAGAAUUAAUCAAGCGUGGAGGUGGAAAUAUAGUAUUUGUCUCUUCUAUUGCGGGUUAUCAGCCUAUGGAACCUUUGGGACCUUACAGUAUCAGCAAAACUACUCUCCUUGGUCUGACUAAAGCAAUUGCAUAUGAAGUUACCCACGAGAACAUUCGAGUUAAUUGUGUGGCACCAGGAAUUGUUGCUACGAAGUUUGCCUCUGCAAUUACUACAUCUGACAUGGCAGCGGAAAAAUCAUUGUCAAUAGUACCAAUGAAGAGAUUUGGUAAACCCUCGGAAAUUGCCAGUGCAGUUGCAUUUUUGGUUUCUGAAGAUGCUAGCUACAUGACCGGUGAAACACUUGUUGUUGCUGGGGGAACAUAUGCUCACCUUUGAAUGUGAAUUUAUUAAGUUUCACAUUAGUUUUAUUGGAAACUGUGCUGAUUUAUGAAGGUGGUGGGUUUAAUAUUUUUCAGUGGUUCUUUAUAAAGCAAGGGUUUUCAAGUCAGGUACCUGUUUUGGAAGACAUAGUUUAAAAUUAAAAUUUAAUAUUUUCCGAA